AUCAGUUUGUUUAUAAUUUUCAAUUUACUAUUACUAUUUGUUUUGUAAUCAAAAGAACAUUUGAGAGCUGUAAAGUAAUCGUGUUACUGAUAUUCUUUGAAACCGACAGCACAAUAUCUGGCAGCGUCACACCCCUAUACAAAAAAGUUAUAUACAAACAACAUGGUGGAUCAGCUGUUUUCGUUUUUCUCAAAUCGUAAAUUGUUUUUAUAAAAACGACGCAUUGUUAUGGUUUAAUAGCCAUGUGUGAAUUAAAAUGGGCUCCAUCGCAUCUGUGCUGCAAUGGCAUUGUCAAACGUGCGGCCAAAUCAACCCCACAGAGAGUGUGAAGUGCUUAAAAUGUGGUACAAAGAGAGUAUCAAGUCAUGACAGCGGUUUAUCAAGGGAUAACUGCAGGGAUUCUUCAUCGGAAUACACCACGAGAACAGGAAAAAGCGAAGGCACCACCCCAGGUUCUGAGGCGAUCUUCAUCCCUUCCGAAAACCAAUUCAAUAGCGGAUGGUCGUGCGUGGGCUCGGCGCCCGAGGCGUCGCGCGCGUGGCGGUGCGCGUGCGGGCUGCGCAACGUGUCCGCCGCGUGGCGCUGCGCCGCGUGUGACGCCCUCGCGCAUCACGCGCCCGUGUACAGGUUAUCGGAUGAUGAAGAUCAACCUUCAGGGAUGACGGAAAAGGAUAAUCCUGCACAAGACACUAUGAUACGGUCCAACACCCUGGCUGUCCCAUCAUAUAAACCCAGAUCGAAUUACUCGGACGGAAGACGUCUGAAUCUAGAUUUACAGUCACUAAGACUGUCCCCCACCCAGCUGACCGAUCAGGCGCACGGCGUGACCAGAUCACUGUCGCAUGGCUCCGUCAUCAACUCCCAGCAGAAGUGGUGGAAUGUGGAGGAGACCAGGGGCACCAUCAAUAGGCCCACUAGUUUGAUGGUGUCGGAGAGGUACUGCAACACAACGCAGUACAAUCCUCGGGAGUCGUUCCUCAGGAGUCUCCACACUGUCACGCGAAGACCAAAGAAAUGCAAUGAAAGCAAAUCCAACUGGGAGCUGAACUAUGUGAAGGAAUACCAGAGAGAGCAGAGCAAGGCCCUGCACCUGAAGAAAUGGGCGUGCAGUAAAUGCACCCUGGAGAAUUCAGGCAUCAGGACGCACUGUGAAGCGUGUCUGUCGCCCAGAGUGUCGCCAUUAUCGCGGAUCCCUAAUGCACGGGGCCUGAGCGUGACCACUUUGGGCCGGCACGAGACCCUAGGCAGGGAGGGGGCCACGUCCCUACCGUCGUCUGGUGGGGUUAUGAUCACAGUUCCUGAUUGGCCUCAGACCGGCACCGCGUUAGGAUCGUCUUUCCGACGGUCCGUCAGCGCGCAGAACUCUCCAGAAAUUCGGCCGACCUACCGCCGCUCGUUCUCAGAGCAGACCAACGCUGAGAGACCGGUGGGAAAGGUCAUAUCCAGUAGACGAAGUUUGAAUGAUUACCAAAAGUCUCUGGCCAGCUACUGCGGAAGUCUGCCGAAGACUGAAAACAGGAAGGAAUUGGCCGAGAAGAAAAUCGACGAGAACAGUGUUGAGUUGAUGGACAAAGAGUGUAGUUGGGACACGAACGCUGAGGGAGUGAUAUACGCGCUACCCAACAAGGGCAAGUACAAGGAUUUGAACCUGCAACUGCAGGUGAACAAUAACGGGACGCGGUACUCGUACGUGUCAGUCCAGGACACGAAGACGGUCAUGAGCAACUCUCAGAAUGAAGUGUUGUACUCAAACGACAUUGGGGACGGUGAUUACGCGAGAAUUGAUGAGUUGCUAGGAGCUGAGAACUGCAUAUCGCCGGUGAGUGAGGGUGUGGGGAACCUGCGCACCUCGCACAUCGGCCCCUCGGUGUCCAAGGAUGUGGGUGCCAAGCCCGCCAACCCGCUCGCCGGCAAAGUGUCGCAGAACCCACGAGAGAUGCCUAAAGUGCCUUCAACGCAACAACAAGCCGCCCGCGAGAGUCGCAUGUGGCAGUGCGGCGAGUGCUGGUUCGCGUACAACGCGUGGUGGUCGCGCGUGUGCGACGUGUGUCGCAGCGCACGCCCGCCGCACGCCGUCACACUCGCCGACAGCUCAAAACCGGGGAACCCUUCGGAAGCUGGCAGUUCUAAGCCAGCUGACCCUCCGAAGAAACUCACCGUGCCCAUAGCCUCCCUGGACCAUGACCUGAAUAGCGAUGAAUUGCUGUUUGCUGUUGAGUCUGACAGUCGCAGCGGUGGCAGCGGCAGCUCCAGCGGCGGCGCCGGCAGCGGCAGUGCUGCUGGUGCUGGCGGCGGAGCGGCGCUGCCGACAUGGUCAUGUGGUCGCUGCACGCUGCUCAACGAGCCUGACGCCAGCGCAUGCGCCGCCUGCGCCGCCUCCAGGCCGCAGCCGCAUGACUACUGGUCGUGCAGUUCGUGCACGUUGCGUAACCCGCUGUCGGCGAGCUUGUGCCUCGCGUGCAAGACUCCGCCCGUGCCCAAGCACGGACUCACCGCGCCCACGGACAAUCACGGAUCGAGUGGUCGCAGUCCGUCUCCGCGCAGGAGCAACCGCCACACGCCGGCGCUGCCGCGGCGCGGCUCGCGACACAAAACACCGCCGCCUGAACCUAAGAGUGAGUCUGGCGAGUGGUCGUGUUCGGAGUGCACGUUCGCGAACCGCGGCGCCGCGCUGUGCUGCGACAUGUGCCAGUCGCCGCGGGCUCGCCUGCUGCCCGCCCACCAACACGACGACGAGCCGGAGGGGCCGGAGGGCGAGCGGCAGGAGGGCGCGCCGAUGGAGGUCCUGCGGCUCGGCGAGGAGACGCACGCCUGGACGCAGUGGCAGGAGGUGCUGGCGCAGUGUGCCGCCACGGGCGAGCCGUAUGUGGACUCGUCGUUCCCCGCGACGUGUAAGUCGCUGUACUACAGCGGCUCCGGCGAGGGCGCGGCGGCGCGCUGGCUGCGGCCCCACCAGAUACACCUCGAGCCCGACCACCGCCUGCCCUGGCUCGUGUUCCGCGACCCCAGGCCCUCGGACAUCUCGCAAGGCGUGCUGGGCAACUGCUGGCUGCUGUCGGCGCUGGCGGUGCUGGCGGAGCGCUCGGCGCUGGUGCGCGGCGUGGUGCUGCGCGCCGACCCGCGCCUCGGCGCCUACCAGCUGCGCCUCUGCAAGGACGGCCGCUGGCUCACCGUCACGCUCGACGACCUGCUGCCCGCCAACAAGAAGGGCCACCUCGUCUACUCGCAGGCGAAGAGAAAACAAUUAUGGGUGCCGCUAAUAGAGAAGGCUGUCGCCAAACUGCACGGGUGCUACGAGGCGCUCGUCUCUGGCCGGGCUAUUGAAGGUCUGUGCACGCUGACGGGCGCGCCGUGCGAGUCGGUGUCGCUGCAGGCGGGGGGUGCAGGUGGUGCAGGGGGCGGCGCCCCGCUGGAGCCGCUGGACCGCGACCUGGUGUGGGCGCAGCUGCUGUCCUCGCGCCAGGCCUGCUUCCUCAUGGGCGCCAGCUGCGGCGGCGGCAACAUGAAGGUGGACGAAGAGGAGUACCAGCGCCUGGGCCUGCGUCCGCGGCACGCGUACUCUGUGCUGGAUGUGGUGGAGAUCCCGUGCAGCAGCGCGAGCGGCGGCGGAGCCCCGACGCGCCUGCUGCGCCUGCGCAACCCGUGGGGGCACUACACGUGGCGCGGCGCGUGGGCGCAUGCGUGUCCGCGCUGGAGCGAGGAGUCGCGCCGCGCUGUGCGGGCGCAGGUGGGCUGCUCCGACGCCGACAGGGACCAGGGCGUCUUCUGGAUCAGCUUCGAGGACGUGCUCAAGUACUUCGACUGCAUCGACAUCUGCAAGGUGCGCGGCGGCUGGCAGGAGGUGCGGCUCGGCGGCGUGCUGCCGCCCCUCGCCUCCGCCAGACACCUCACCUGUCUGCUGCUGCAGGCCGCGCAGCCCACCGAGGUCGACUUCACGCUCUUCCAGGAGGGACAGAGGAACUCAGCGAAAAGCCAACGUUCCCAGCUGGACCUGUGUGUGGUGGUGUUCCGGACCAAGUCGGGGCCCACGGCGCAGGUCGGCAAGCUCGUGGCGCAUAGCAAGAGACAGGUGCGAGGGUUUGUCGGCUGCCACAAAAUGCUUGAAAAAGGCUUCUACCUGGUCGUGUGUCUGGCAUUCAACCACUGGCAUACUGGCCUGGAGCUGGCAGACAGCUCGGCGUGGCCGCGACACGUGCUGGCAGCUCACUCCUCCAAGCCCCUGUCAGUGGAGCGACCACCGCUGCACCCCCACAUCCUGGCGGACGCCAUCAUCGGCCUCACCCUGGCUAGGGGGCAGCGACAUGAGGGACGCCAAGGGAUGACUGCAUACUACUUGACUAAGGGUUGGGCGGGGCUGGUGGUUAUGGUGGAGAAUCGUCACACGGACAAGUGGAUCCAUGUGAAGUGCGACUGCCAGGAGAGCUACAACGUAGUGUCCACGCGCGGGGAGCUCAAGACUAUCGACUCGGUGCCGCCAUUGCACAGACAAGUGAUCAUCGUGCUGACGCAGCUGGAGGGCUCGGGCGGGUUCAGCAUCGCGCACCGCCUCACGCACCGCCUCGCCGCCGGCGCGCGCCUGCAGGACUGGGCGCCCGCCGCCGACGCGCAGCCGCGCCACCGCCCGCCGCUCGCGCCGCGCCUCGCCGGCCUGCACGCGCCGCGCCUCAUCACAUAGCGCCAGCACCUGCACCACCACCACCACCACCACCAACACCAACCAGACUGCUCACUCACACUCAGCGCUCAUACGAGAUAAGUUCUAACUGUGUUACCUUCUGUGUGUCUGCGCUUUUGUAAUACGUAAUUAUACAGCACUGCCAGCGUGCCACUCAAUAUUAAAUCACUCAAUUGAUAGCAUUAAACAAUUAUUGUAUCGUAAAAGGUUAUCAACACUACCGAACUGAUUGCUAGACUUGUUUCGAGAUUAAUCGAGUAUGCAUGGUCUGAAAACAUAAUUCUAUCCAAAAAUACACCGUGCCCGAAUAUAUUUCGACAAUCACACUGCCUAUAAGACCUGCUUCGGUGCUCCUAUAUCGGGCUGUCAGCUACAUACCCUAUGUCGAAAUUAUAAAUGCUUGUUACCCAAUGUGCUUUUCAAUGAUUUGUAUUAUCUAUUUGCAACCAGUGCUCACAAUGUUCAUGGACUCAAAUGAUCAACUAUUAUAAUAAAUUAAACUCACAUUUAAAUCUGUUUCUUAGUUCAAACUUCAUCCGAUUUUCUAUGCACGGUUUUGAGCUAAAAAUUUAUACGAAAUAUUCGAUACUUUUUAAGGCAUUUAUUCCAAACAUAGCAACAAUAAAUUCUACAUCAUUUGAAAUCAUAUUUCUCUACAUCAAGUCUAGAGUACAUUUAUAUUCCCGGCAGCUCUGUCUAGUCACAUUUAUAAGUCUAUGUACACUGCCCUUCCCCACCGAUAGAGGAAAAACUAAAUCGAUUUCCACGCAGCAUAUUUACUCGUCAGUCUAUAACUUCUAGUCGAUUUUAAUUUAAACUUUUUACGUAUGUGUUCCUCCUAACUUUUAAUACUAUUUUUUACUUCUGUAACGUUAUCUUAUACCUUCAAAAUGAUCACUCUGGUUUAUGUUUACAUUAUAAUAAGACAGUACAAUUUAAAAACUGUCUAAUAAAAGAGGGAAAUAAUAAUUUAUGAAUACGCAAAAAUCACAAUAAUAUUCUAAUAAUGCUUGUCAUUGAGUUGAAAAUUGUCAUACAAUACACCCAAAGAUAACUAGCGUAACUUAAAAAUUUGCAAAAAAAAUCUACUAAUACAAAAAAAUAAAAAAAAAUAUUACAAAUCACAAGAAUUCGAACUAACGUCCUUAACGUAAGAUCUCGGCUCCAGAGCCUCGUGUCAUGCACAAAACUAAAUGUUAUUGAUAACCCAGUCAGUUAAGAGUUAACUUGUUUAUUGUAAGUUAAGUAAGGUUUCUGAGAACUGCGCGUAGUGUAGACUCGGCCGGGUGUAGCCCGGUCAGCUGAUAACACAAAUAAGUAGGUGAUAAUAUUUUUUCUACUACACAAACUAGUGUAAUCGUUGUCGGCCGGUGGUCGAGUGGUGGACCUCGUUCCCAGCCCACUCGGCCGCUCGCUGGUAUCUUUGCCGUGAGAAAAGCACCGAGUGUUAUUUUUGACAGAAUCUUAGCAUGUAAGCCACUUUAGAUGUAUCUUUGGCCGUUUUUACUCACCAUAGUUAACUAGACUCCUAAAGGGAACACAUUUAAACACGAUGCGACUUCGCCCUGUUUUGGAGUUGCGUCGUCGCAUCAUUGUGUUCUUAAUUAGGGGUCCCUUUAAGUCAAUGUAGGGUCGAAACGGACAUUCGCGUAGUUAUAACUAAGUCAUUGUAUAAACACAGUCGUAUCAUGUUUUUUUAAAACAUCUCAUCACAGUAGUUCAUUUUGUGUAGUGAAGUAUAUAACGUAGUGCGUGUGCAAUUUAAUGGGCGUAAUUAAUGUUAUAUCAUUUGUAAUCAAAAUUUGAAAUAUUAACAUGACUGAAACAUCUUUCCGUCUUUAAAAAUCGAAUAAUAACGUUUUUAUUUCAAAACGUUUGCCACGAAUGUUUUUAAGGAUGUGAUUGGGACGUGAAAAUAUUGUUUUUUUUUUUUAACUUGUAUAUAUUCGCUUGGUAGGUUUAGUAAUUAAUGUUUCAUGUUAUUUAAUUAUAUAUAGUUAAUUUGCAAUAAUUUAAAAAGACAUUUUACAUUUCCACGAAAUUUUGGGUUAGGUGUUUUAUUAACUGAAGACAACAUUUGAAGAAAAUUAUUUAAGAAAAUUAAAUUCAUAGAUUUAAAUACAGCAUAAUAGAAAAUUGGCGAAUAAAUAGUGCUUUAACGGUUUGUUUCUUUGGUUCGUAAUAAUAUUAAUAAUAAAAUUAAAAAAUAAGCUGUGAUCAUACUCGCGAGACGUAAUUGUAGCAACACAAUAUUAUAAAGAGGAGAGGUAAGAAUUAAUAAUCACAGACAGCUUUCAAUACCAAAAACAAGUUAUUAUGUUUUGAAACGUUUUUAUACAUAAAAUAUUACGUACGGACAGCCUUAAAAAUAGAUGAAUAAAUUAAAAAUUUCAAAUCGCGUUUAAACUCUUAUAUACGUAUCAACAAUAGUUUUUGAAUGUGUUUAGCCAUUUUCGUGACUGACUGUACAUUUGUAAUAUUAAACAAUUUACAUCUCGCUAGUGUAAAAUCGGCUUUAAUGUUUAAAAAAUACGUUCCAUUCCAAUAAUACUCGUUUUAAUGAAAUUGUUUAUUCGAUAACGAUUCUUGCCAUUGCAUUGCUUUACAACGAUUUAUUUAGCGGUAGGUAUAGCUAGUUGUUUUGGAGUAAUUAUUUGUAAUGGCGGUAUUUUAAUAUUUCUUUUAUUAAGUAUAUUUUGUUUGAUGAAUUUAAUUCAUAUUGUUUUGAUUAUAUGGGACAUAUUCGUCGAAAAACAUGAUGAAAUCAUUCUAUGAAUGCCCACAGUCGUGGAGGAUCGCGAUGUUUAACGCGCUCCGAGAUGUUAUAUUGAAAGGGGUUUUAAUCUUGAGGUGCAAUGCAAACAGUACAUAUCUCUGCAGAUAUUGGCUGUAACAAACGACUUAAGUUAGCAAAACCACAAACCUAUACGACUUUCGGACAAUUUCAGUUUUAAUAAAAAAAAAUAGUCCCAAAAUGAUUUUCUCAAAAAUAAAUAAGUUUGAAAUUAUACAAAACUUAUUAAGAAAACUCUAGUAUUAUAUAUGUUUUGUUUUCUUUAAGCAUGAUCUGUAAAAUAUCAUCGUAGCGCAUUAAACACUCGUAAAUGAAUUAAACAUUUGUAAGUCUCGAAAAUAAUGUGACAAAGUGAUGAAAUUGAAUGCUCAUUAUUAUUAAAAUGGCCUACACGACCCAUGUGCAAUAUCUCAUUUUGUUUAAGUAUUACGGACACGCAUGUGCAUAAUUAUAAUCAUGGUAUAUUUAGUGUUAGUGUUAGAGCGUGUGAAGGUGGGAGUCUGCUGGACCUGCUUUCGAAUGGUCUGGUUGUUAGGAGAGUUGGUGGCGGAUUUACUGUUAACUUUUUUUUUGUUUGAAAUACAUAUGAUAUUUGAAUAGUGAUGUAGAGGUUAUGUGAUAAAGGUUCACUACAAGUUUAAAUAAAAAAUAUGUUGACAUUUGGACACAAUUUGAUUAAAUUUUUAUAUUAUUUAUAGUCAUUAAAAACAAACCUUCUGUGGUAUUACAUUAACUUUUUCCAUAUAUGUAUUCAAAAAUUGUUGUCAUUAGAGAUAGCAAUAAAUCCGCCAUCGACAAUUUUAUAUUAUGUUCGAUUUUGUCUAGUUCAAAUGUGACGUAUAAACAGUUUUUAUGAAUCUCAUGUACAAUAGUUGUGUGGUUUAUACUCCGCGGACUUGUCGCACACAAUGUAACAAUAAAGAAGUUUUUAAAUAGUCAAAAUGUAGUUCAUAAAACUAUCGAUAAGUUUGUACACCGAUUUUACCCAAAUUUUUGGAGCAAUAUGAUUUUCUCAUUGUAUCUAGUUUAAGGACAUGUUUCGUGCCAUCGUUUGAUAUUCAUUUUGUAUGUGCGCGUUUACGGAUGAUAAUUUUGAUGACAAACUUUAAUAUGAUUAAGAAUGUGGGCAGUUGAGUCUGUAAAUUGCGUAAAAAAGUUUUUUAAACCAAAGAUUUAAUAAGGAAUCCAAUGUAUUUAGAAUGUGGCAAAAAAACAUGUCUCCGUGUCGUUUUAUUGGUUGAUUAAGAGACUAACACGUGACUAAAGCAUUGGGCUCUCGACCAAUCGCCUUUUUUGGAGACAUUUUAAAGGGCUGGUCUUUUAAACCUUAUAAUAAAAUGUUUUCAGAGUUUUCGGAUGUUGUAAUAUUACUGAGGGUAAUUUAAAAUGUUGCACUUUUGCCUUAAAAAAACGUGUCCACUCAACUGCCUUAAGACUAUCCCAAACCAAGCAGUUUCAUUAACUGCUUGUUAAAUUUCCAUCCGUAACCGCGUAACGUAUAUUUUGAGAGUUAAAUAUAAAGGCUGGCAUCGACUAGACAGAAUCGAAGCGCGCCGAAUCGAAUCGCAUAUAUUCCAUAGCGUGGUUUGUCUCGGUGCUACAAAGCAUUCCUAAUGAAGCAACAUAUUUAUAGCAGCGAAUGAAAGCCAUUCGACUCGGCACGCCUAGUCGACGUUAGCCACAAUGGUGCACGGACUUGCACCGUUUGUAUGUACUCGGCCCGAGUGGGCGCGCGUUUCUUCGUUUACAUUUAGCGACGUUUUGUAGCAUAAAGACGCUUAUUUUACGAGUUAGCGGACGUCGAUGCAUGUUAAACUAUUUAUGGUAACGAUAAGGAAAUAAAAUUAUUUAAAUUUGA